GCAAUAUCCUGAUGUGCACACACACACACCGCACACAUGAAGAGAAAAAGGCUCGGGCGUGCGCGCGCGCACGCGCAGACACGCGCAUAUGCAAACGCCGCGGUCGGGCGUCACAGGAUAGACGGAGACCGGGAGUAGUAGCGUUGCUCAGUAACCGGAUCGUUGAGCGGCAGACGAGACGACGCCUUCAAAUUUUUUUGCACGCCGUUAUUUUUUUUAAUACAUUUUUUGUUUCCAUCUCACGAUGACAUAAUCCAAAACCUCUGGGUGUAUAGAGCCACGUGUAGUCGUCGACCGCGAAAACCGCAAAAAGAAAGGAUAAUAAUCAAGCGAGAAAAAUGGGCGUGAAGCGGAAGGAAGACGGAUCGGAAGUGGAGCCGGACGUGGCCCCAGCCGAAGACGACGGCAUUGAACUGAAACCCAAAAUGAGCCUUUUGAACGGCGUCACCGUCAUCGUGGGCAGCAUCAUCGGGUCCGGCAUAUUCAUAUCGCCGACGGGCGUGUUGGAAAACACUGGAUCGGUGAAUGCUUCGCUGAUCGUCUGGGUCUUGUCGGGCGUGUUUUCUAUGGUCGGCGCCUACUGUUACGCUGAACUGGGAUGCAUGAUAUCCAAGUCCGGGGCCGACUAUGCGUACAUCAUGGAGACGUUUGGCCCGUUUAUAGCUUUUAUGCGGCUGUGGGUGGAGUGCAUGAUCGUCCGACCUUGUUCGCAAGCCAUCGUCGCCCUCACGUUUAGCCUGUACGUGCUGAAACCCAUGUACACCGACUGCGAUCCUCCCGAAGAGUCGACACGACUGCUGGCCGCUUGUUGCAUAGUGUUAUUGACGUUUAUCAACUGCUGGGACGUUAAGUGGGCAACACGCGUGCAAGACAUUUUCACGUACGCCAAGUUGUUAGCUCUCAUGGUCAUUAUUACCACGGGAGUUUACCAGUUGUACGCAGGGCAUACCGAACAUUUUACGUUUGUAAAUACAAAAACCGAAGUUACCUCGAUCGCUCUCUCGUUUUAUUCUGGCCUUUUUGCGUAUAACGGAUGGAAUUAUUUAAACUUUGUGAUUGAAGAAUUAAAAGAUCCUAUACGAAACCUGCCAAGAGCAAUUGCAAUAUCAUGCAUACUCGUCACUGUCGUGUAUGUCUUCACUAAUAUAGCUUUUUAUACAACUUUGUCACCACAAGAAGUCCUGACUUCAGAAGCUGUAGCUGUUACGUUCGCGGAGAGACUGUACGGUCCAAUGGCAUGGACGAUUCCCGUGUUUGUUGCUUUAUCUACAUUUGGCGCGGUCAACGGUAUUCUGUUGACAAGUUCAAGAUUGUUCUACGCCGGAGCUUGCGAGGGACAAAUGCCACAGAUCCUGACAAUGAUCCAAAUCAACCGAUUGACACCCACACCGGCAGUCAUAUGCAUAUGCUUGCUGUCUCUGAUAUACUUGCAAAUAUCUAACAUUUACGCUCUUAUUAAUUACGUGGGAUUCGCGACAUGGUUGAGUAUCGGUGUGUCGGUCUUGUGUAUACCCGUGCUGCGUUUCACUCAACCCGAUUUGAAGAGGCCGAUCAAAGUCAAUAUGUUCUUCCCGGUCUUCUACAUCGCCGCUACGCUUUUCGUGACCAUAAUACCGAUAAUCGCUAGUCCGGUUGAAACAGGGUACGGAUGUUUAAUGAUAUUGACCAGUAUACCGGUGUACGGUGUGUUCAUUUUUUGGAAAGACAAACCCAUGAUAUUUCAUAAAAUUGUCGGGUGUUUAACACGUUACCUCCAAAUACUUCUUAUGGUGACCACAUCAAAAACGCCGGCCAAAGUUUAAAACUUAAACACUUAUCACAAUCAUCACAACUAUGCAACAGUAAACGAACAAUAAUAUUAAUAUAUCAAUAAUACCCAAUAAUUCCAAUAAUCAUAAUAAUAAUAUAAUAUGUUAUGUGUGGUAUACCUAAUAUGUAUUUUAAAAGUACCUUUACCUAAAACUAAACAGCAAUAUAAAAGACAAUGAGUUUUAUGUUACCCUCGCAUUCACAUAACAUAAUAUUAUAUUAAGUGCUAUCUAAACGAAUGUUUAUGUUUUACGUAUUAAGUUUUUACAUUGAUGUAAUGUUACCUAAAAUAUUUAUAAAAAUGUUAAUAAUAUUUAUGAAGGUGUUGCACGAUACUAUAUACUCACCUACAGGCUAAAGUGAUUAUAAUACAAUUGUUUUUAAAUUCAAUUGAUAUGUACUAUAAAAAUAUUAAUAACAUUUUGUUUUUAAUUUUUAUACCAAACACCAAAUCAGUAUUCAGAAAUGACAAUAAUUAACGAUUUAUAAUAAUAAAAAUUUAUUAUAAAAGUAAGAACUUAAAAUGAUUAUUAUCUAUAUUUAUAUGAUUUCGUGAUAUUCUUCGUUUCAAUUUUGAAUUAAACUCAAAUGGUUGUAAUAGAUUAAUACUAUAUUUGAAUCAUAGAUAUUUUAUGCUAGACAAGAACUGUGCACAACAACAACAUUACGAGCGGCGGUAAAACAUCUCGCAGUGAUGUAGGCCAUCUUGACGAAAAAAUACAGUGAUGCAUAUAGUGGUGGCCCUGGGGGGAUGGCUAGGGGUUAUGUCAACCCCUUAUCCCCCCAAAAUGGUCCCUUAAAUCCCCUUAUUAUAUCUUAUGUUAAAGUACCACAAUUCAUUUAAAUGUGUUACUAGGGUUCUGAGUUAGGAGCUUAUAACAUUUGUAUAUUUCUUAUAAAAUCCAGUAACUUUAGUACUCAUUCAGUAAACACAAAGCGCCCUCUGUGUUUUGCCGCUUUCCAUAUACUCAUUGCUUGUCUAGUAGUAUAAGAUAUGUGAAUUAAAUAAUGCUUAGCAAUGUAGGCACACAUGUAUAAGUACUUUUCAGUUGUUAAAUAUUUUACUAAAAAUAUCUACAAUAUAUAUAUAUUUUUUUUAAAAGCUUUUAUUCUUAUGUGUUAUUGAAAUAUUCAUUUAGCAUGACUAAUUACAAUGUAUUGAAAUUAUUUCUUAUGGAUAUUGACAGUUCUUUUAUAAUUAACCCCUAAGAAACUAUGAAAAACUAACGAUUUUACUUUUUAUAUUGUGGAAAAGUAGAACUUUGUUAACCAAAUAGAAAUUACUCUAGUUCUGAUUAUACCAACUUAAAUCUUAAUCAAAGAAAUAAUUAAUAAUCCUAUUUAAUAAUUUAUAUACUAUACAUUGCAUUUUUACUUCUUUAACUACCCAAUAAUUAUAAUCAUAACAAUUUUAUAUACUUGUAAGUAAAAACCUUAAUAAUAAUAAUAAUAAAAAAAAUAAUUAUAAUAUUAUGACUACCAAUAUUUACAACUCCAAACUUCUAAAUAUUAGAAUAUAUUAUACUUAGGUACUAAGUAGUCUCAUUAAAAUUGUUAGGUGAACCUAUUAUAAACUUUAAAAGUGCCUAUUUGUUCUAUAAUUUAUAAUGAUUUAUAGGUAUAAAUAUUAUUUUUUAGAUUGUUGGUUUAUUUAUAAUUGUUAAUUUUAACCAUUUAAAGUAUUUGUUAUGUUUGGUGUCUGUUAGCAAUAAUUUAGGUCUAUAUAUUUUUUUUAAAUUUAAAUCAUGUUUCAUUGCCUAAAAAUUGGUGCAUUGAUAUUUUCAAUAAUUAACACUGAAUUAUAUGAAAACUGUUGAACUUCCAGCCUUUGAUUAUAAGCAUUAAUAAGUAACAUUUUUAAAACAAAUAUUUAUUUUUAUAAAA